AUGGCUGCACCUGCAUUCUUUGGCCUCUCACUCAUCCUAUCUAUCACCACCGCCAUUGUCAGUUGCUCUUCCUAUGCCUACGCACAGAAACAAUCCGACAGUGGGUGCAUCGCAGCCGAGAGGGCUGCGCUGCUCUCCUUCAGAGCAGGUAUCACUAGGGACCCAGUGAAUCGCCUUGGUUCAUGGGAGGGACAAGACUGCUGCAUGUGGAAUGGUGUCAAGUGCAGCAACAACACAGGUCAUGUCAUCAUGUUUGAUCUCAGCAACACCACCGUCCGAGGUGAUGGACUUACCGGUUGGUGCACGAUUUUGGUUGGUGGAAAUCCUUAUAGUCUGCAGGGGAAAAUAGGUUCUUCUUUGACUGCUUUACAGCACCUGACGCAUCUGGACCUCAGCGGAAACCAUCUUGGGGGAGCAGGCGUGCCCAUACCAAGAUUCAUCGGCUCACUGAAGAGUUUGACACAUCUCAAUCUCGCCUGCAUGAAUUUCGAUGGUAGAGUGCCUCCUCAAAUUGGUAAUCUCUCUGGAUUGAUAUAUCUUAACCUCGAAUCAUCGCUUUCCCAUUCCUACGAGAAUGCAGUGCACUCUGAUGAUAUAUCAUGGAUAGCAGAUCUCCGUUUACUAAGAUUUCUAGACAUGAGGGGAGUGAACCUCAGUACAACCGGUAACUGGGUCAGUGUGAUGAUCCCCCUUCCAAAUCUCAAGGUCCUUAGACUCAGCUAUUGUGGGCUUAGUUUACCACGUGAACCCAAGGUUACUUCAAAUCAAAGUUCACUUGAAACACUUGAUCUAACGCUCAACAGUAUUGAGACAUUGAAUCCAGCAUACUGGUUUUGGGAUACUCGCACAAUUAAGGAACUUGACCUUGCAUUCACUGAAAUUACUGGCCCAUUCCCAGUUGCAAUUGGGAACAUGACCUCUAUUGAGGUGCUUUCUCUAGGAGGAAAUCACCUCUCAGGCGGUAUAAACUCUGAACUGUUUGAUGGCUUAUGCAACCUGAGAUUUCUAGACCUAUAUUCAAAUGAGAUCAACCAGGAUAUGGCAGAAUUUAUGAACCGACUACCUGCAUGUACAAAGAGUACGUUACAAUCCUUAGAUCUGUCUGCUACCAACCUCAGUGGGCGGAUUCCAAACUGGAUCGAUGAGUGGAGAAAUUUGAGUGAUCUUUUACUCUCUGAUAAUAGGCUUCUCGGAUCAAUACCUCUGGAAACUGGUAUGCUGGCUAAUCUGAAAAGAUUGUAUCUAGACAACAACCACUUAAAUGGUUCUAUAUCAAGAGACCACCUUGCAAAUUUGGAAAACCUGGAGUAUCUGGACUUAUCUUACAACCCAGUACACAUCACUUCAAAUUGGUCCCCAACAUUUAGCCUGCAGUAUGCAUCUUUUGCCCGUAGCAAGAUAGGACCUCAAUUUCCCAGGUGGCUCAAAGGGCAAAGCAGUGUCACCUAUCUCGAUAUUUCGGAUGCAGGCAUAGAUGAUCAUCUCCCUAAUUGGUUUUGCAGAGUAUUUGCACACACUAAAUAUUUGAACAUCUCCAGUAAUCAAAUAAAAGGCAGUCUGCCAAUGACAUUGGAGCUUCUGUCUUCAUUGCAAAUGCUUGACCUCAGCUCAAAUAACUUAACAGGUCGGCUGCCAAAGUUACCACAAAGUUUGCGGUUCUUUAAAAUCUCCAAGAACUCUUUGUCAGGACCUUUUCCAAGAAAAUUUGGGGCUCCAAUGCUUACAGAAAUGGUACUGUCUGCAAAUCGUAUGAACGGAACCAUUCCAACAUACUUUUGUCAACUACAAUAUCUUCAAGUGUUGGAUCUUUCAGAAAACCUUCUGGUGGGACAACUUCCCCUGUGUUCGAAAAGAGAAGAUGUUAAGCGAAAUUUGAAACCCAUUACCGAGUCCGCACUCACUCAACUGUCAGUUGUGAUAUUGUACAGAAACAACCUGUCUGGCAAUUUUCCUGAACUCUUGCAACACAGCCCACAGUUGACUGUUCUUGAUCUUGCCCACAACACCUUUGCUGGAGAGUUGCCAGCAUGGAUUUCAGACAAGCUGCAAGAUUUGUCAUAUCUCUUGUUGCGGUAUAAUAUGUUCUCUGGUUCUAUUCCAGUUCAGCUCACAGAACUUGGGAAUCUCCAAUUCUUGGACCUUGCAAAUAACAGAAUAUCAGGAACUAUACCUCAUGGUUUGGCCAACUUAAAAGCAAUGGCUCAGAAUAGCAGAAAAUUUAUAACCCUUUGUUGA